AUGGAUCCUCGGAAACCGCGACAGGAUCCAGUAAAUGAUGCUCGCUUCUAUGAAUCUUUAAUCAAACCUCCAAGUAAAAGGACAGCAGAUGACAUUCGAAAUGUAUACGAGCAACUACGACAGCUCGACACAUUCAGCAAUCUGUUUAUUGGCCCUCUGAAAGCUAUUUGUAAAACAGCUCGUUAUGAAAGACAUCCUGCACAGUAUAUUCUUUUUCGAGAUGGCGAUGUGGCAGAAAGUUGGUACAUUCUACUAUCGGGAUCCGUGUUUAUAGAGAACCAAAUAUAUAUGCCAUACGGAUGCUUCGGCAAAAGAAACGGACAAAAUCAUCGCCGAACACACAAUUGUCUGCUAUUACAAGAAUCUGAAAUGAUUGUGAUCGAUUACCCAACGGAAUCGCAAGCGAAUGGGAUGUCUCCACGAUCACAUCCACGUGGAAUGCAUUCUGGAGAGCCGGUUCAUCAAAAAACACCCCGAAAAUCGGCUCCAAAUAUGUCACUGGACUCAAUCGCGAUGCCUCCACCACCAGUCCCUCCUCGUCCGCUGCGACUUCCCCCAACUGCCGCAAAAGGACCUGCUCCACUACCGCCACGUGGACUGCCCCGUACAUACCCGCUGGAUUUCCCCGUUGAUGUGCCAACAACUUCAUCGACAUCCUCCACAGCAUCCUACAACGAUCAACACAGGAGUCAUGUAUAUUUGAAUGGAUUGUCAGCUGAUGAUGACACGUUAGUUCGGGUAAAACAUCGAAGAGAGAAAAGUAACUCAAUCGGUGGACCAGGUCAAAACGGCAUUUCAACUGCGAGAAGGCUUCGAGGAAGAAGUACAGCGUCAUCGACGACGACGGAAGGAGAAUCAGCAUCGAAUGAAGGAGCGGAUUCAGAUGAAGAGGAGGGGAGUAUGCCGUCACAAGAGUCUAGUGGUGGUGGAUUUAUGGAUCUUCGAGAUUCAGUGAGAGAGUGUCUUGAAAAAGAGCCAUCGGAAAGGAAUUCGGAAGAUCUUGCUGUACUACUUGACUUCAUGCAACACAUGUCAGCAUUCGCAGCUUUACCGAUGUCAAUAAAACGACAGUUAUGCCUGAAAAUGGUAUUUGCAGUAGUGAACGAUGCUGGUACAGUAGUUCUUGCUCACAAUGAGAAACUAGAUUCUUGGUCAGUGAUAGUAAACGGAUGUGUGGAAGUAGUGAAACCAUCUGGAGAACGUGUUGAGUUCAAGCUAGGAGAUUCUUUCGGUGCUGAACCAACAUCCUCAAUACAAUAUCAUGUUGGUGAGAUGCGAACUAUGGUCGACGAUUGUGAAUUCGUAUUGGUUGAACAUCGUGAUUUUUGCUCCAUAAUGGCAACAAUAGGAGAUCACAUUGCAAAGGAUCGAGAUGGAUUAACUGGAGAAGUCGUGUCCGAAGUUGAACGAAGAGUUAUCGGAACACAAACUGGACAAGUGCUUAUCAAAGGAAAACCGGACAAGUUGAUACAACAUUUAGUGGAUGAUCGAGAACAUAAUAUUGACCCUCACUAUGUUGAUGAUUUCUUGUUGACAUACCGAGUUUUUAUUCGAGAUCCAACUACGAUUUUCGAGAAAUUGAUGUUAUGGUUUGCUGAUUCGGUGUAUAGAGACAAAGUUGCUCGCUUGGUUCUUUUAUGGGUCAAUAAUCAUUUCAACGAUUUCGAGAACAAUGAUGAGAUGUGGAACUUGCUGGAAAGGUUCGAAGGUGCACUAGAAAGAGAUGGAAUGCAUUCACAGCUAUCAUUGUUAAACAUUGCUUGUUCUGUGAAAGCGAAACCUCGACAAGUGACAUUGACAAGAAAGAAGGAUGAUCGAAUGAUGAUGAAAUUAGUUGGAGGUCAAGAAACUGGGAAUUCCGUGUACGUAGCUGAAGUCUAUCCAGAAACGAGUGCGGCUCGAGAAGGCGUGAAAAGAGCGGAUGAAAUGCUGGAGAUAAAUCAACAAUCAGCGAAAUACCUGUCGGCCAAAAAAGCAGACGAUCUUCUAACAGGAUCUCUUUCAUUAACAUUGAUGCUGAAAAACAAUGUUCUUGGAUACAAAGAGACAAUUGGAAAGAUUGAACAUAAUAAACCUAAGAAUGGGGUCGCAAGAUCUGGAGCAGGAAUCCCAAUGGUUAUUCCUGUACACAAAACAUCAAUAUCCGGAAAGAAAAGUUCUACGAGUAGCAGUAAAUCGGGGAUGAUGGAGAAACUUAUGACAAUUCUGAAGUCAUCAAAAGAAGAUUCAAUGGACUUCACAGAUGAAGCUCGGAUAUCAUCAACAGAUCUUCGUCCGAGUCGCUCCAAUCCAGAUAUAACAAGUAUAUCGCAAUACUAUGGUCCUGUCCGGAGUGAAUGUCCAGAACAUGUUCUGAAAAUCUAUAGAAACGAUCAAACAUUCAAGUAUCUUCCUGUAUACAAGGAGACAUCUGCUCAAAAUGUUGUUCAACUGGCACUUCAAGAAUUCAAUAUGACAGCUGAAGGUAGUCCAGAAUGGUCAUUGUGCGAGUGUACCGUAACUAUGGAUGGAGUGAUAAAACAGAGGAGGUUACCUCCACAAAUGGAGAACUUGGCAGAAAGAAUCGCUUUGAAUUCAAGAUAUUAUUUGAAAAGUAAUAGUCGAUCAGAACCUCUUGUGCCUGAUGAGCUUGCACCCGAACUUCUAAAAGAAGCUCAGACCCAACUGUUAAGCCUGAAUGCCCAAGUGAUUGCUGCUCAACUAACUCUCCAAGAUUUCUCCGUUUUCUCAGCUAUCGAACCCACCGAAUUUAUUGAUAACUUGUUCAAAUUGGACUCCAAGUACGGUUCUCCGAAGCUAGAAGAAUUUGAACAACUUUUCAAUCGUGAAAUGUGGUGGGUAGCAACUGAAGUUUGCACGGAACGCCACGUACAGAAACGAGCGAAACUUAUAAAGAAGUUCAUAAAGGUUGCGAGAUAUUGUCGAGAUUUACGAAAUUUCAAUUCAAUGUUUGCCAUCAUGAGUGGUCUUGAUAAACCAGCUGUCAGAAGGUUACAUUCAAGUUGGGAACGAGUUUCGAGCAAAUAUAUUCGUAUGCUUGAAGAAAUUCACCAACUCGUGGAUCCUUCUCGUAACAUGUCGAAGUAUCGUCAACACCUUGCAGAAGUUGCACAAGAACCUCCUGUUGUUCCAAUUUAUCCUGUUAUCAAGAAGGAUCUCACAUUUGCUCAUGAUGGUAAUGCCACGUAUUCUGAGAAGCUCGUCAAUUUUGAGAAGCUUCGACUCAUCGCUAAAUCUAUUCGUGGAGUGAUGAAACUGAGCAGUGCACCGUACGAAAUAGCCAGUAUGGCCGAAAGAAGUGGUGGAGUUGUCAUCGACGCUCUUCUUCACAUGAAUUCGUUCGAAAAUUCGAAUGUUGCCACAAUGAGAAAAGGAAUGGGUGGGAAACAGAAUCAACCAAGAAAGAAAGUGUACGAGCAGGCGUUGAUGGUUCGAAAAGUCAAAGCAUAUCUAGAAGGACUACAUGUUGUGGACAAUGAGAUGGAACUAGACGCAAUGAGUUAUGACAUUGAACCACAAGUUCAGACUGCUCAUCGUGGACCAUCGUCAUCAUCUGCUAACAUUCGUCGUGUUCCUUCUCCUACUCCAUCAUCUCUUUCAUCACAAUCUGCUGGAUCUGCCGAUCAAUCUUCUCGUCAUCGUCUUCUAUUCAAUGGAAACGGAUCGAUUUCUUCCGCUGGUGGAGGUGCCAAGUUUGGUGUUGAAUCUCCACAAGCUGUUCAAAAGAUGUUAGCUCUUGUGCAGAACUCAAAAGUGAAAGGUGCUCCACCACCUGUUACAUCUCCUUCCACAUCUGCACGAUCCUCUCUUCAACGUAAUAUGCCACGUGUAACUGGUCGACAAACCACACCCGCUCAAGGACCAGUUCAAUUGAAUGAAGAAACGUCUACAGUAACGACGUAUUAUCAGUCAGACAAUGGGCGUCGCCAACGUUCAGGAUCUGAAGGUCGAUUCGACAAUAUUCCUCCUUCAACUUUCUAUCUAACUCCUGGAGGCCUUACGGUUUCUCCACGACAAUCUUUGUCUGUGGUGAUUCCGACGCAUCCUCAUGGACACUCUCCAACAUCCCCACGGUGUCGUUCGCGAUCCCCGGCAUCUUCUGGGAACUCUUCCCUCUCCACCAUUGCCUCAAUCGCCGCUACCUCGAUGGCAGCCGCACCUUCGGCCUUUGUCGCCAAUCCUUACCACAACCAGACGGUCCGUGGACACAUGAUCGGACAUCGUCCAAUGCCAAUUGUAACGAGUGGAUCAGCUACCCUUCCCAAUCAUGUAUCACCAAGAGGUCUUCCUCCCAAAUCCCGGCCUACAAUUUUACCCGGAUCGCAUAAUUCUUCCUCGUCGCGAAUGGGGACUAUCAAAGAAGCCACAUUCUUGACGUCGGAGCAAGUAUCGCGAGUUUAA